UGACAAAAUGGAACCCACCAGCAGUGUGAGGAGACCUGAAAGUGGCACAUGGCAGAGUGUGUGGCGAUGGAGACAGCAGCAAUGGGAGGCCGUACAGGGACCCAUGACACACUCUGGACCUGGCAGCAGCAUGAGGAGGCGGUACGGGGGCCCAUGGCAGAUUACGGCCUGGCAGCAUCAAUGGGAGGCCCGUAAUCUGCCAGCACCCUAUGACAAAAUGGAACCCACCAGCAGUGUGAGGAGACCUGAAAGUGGCACAUGGCAGAGUGUGGCGAAGGAGACAGCAGCAAUGGGAGGCCGUACAGGAACCCAUGACACACUCUGGACCUGGCAGCAGCAU